AUGGCGCCCCAAAAUCAACUUGGGAAGCGUGUUAAGCUUACGCAAGUCCGUCGGCCUUUUAUCGUUGGGAGCACAGCGAAGCCUUUCUCCGACACGAACCCGCGACCAGCAGGUGUCCCUGACACCCAUACGCAUUCAUGGCAGGUUUUCGUCAAAGGUCUCGACGAUACCGACAUUACCUACUGGCUGCGUCGGGUUCAAUUCAAACUUCAUGAGUCUAUCCCUAAUUAUGUACGAAUGGUUGAGGGCGAACCCGGAAAACCUUUUUUAGUCGAAGAGACAGGCUGGGGUGAGUUUGACAUAACGAUCAAACUCUACUAUGUCAACGACUCGGGGGAAAAACCCCAGACACUAUACCAUUAUCUGCGUCUACAUCCCUACGGCCGGAACGAAGAAGAGAAGCAAGCUAUGAUCGCCUCGAAUGGCGAGAUCCGCGCAUGGAGCUACGAAGAACAGCUCUUCAACGAACCCUACGAAGUCUUCUAUAACCUCCUCACCCAAGGCGCCGUACCUAAGGGAUGGAAGCCGAGCGGUGGCAAGGGCAAAGGGAAGACGCGCGCACCACCGCCUAUCCCAACUGACAGCAACGAGGUUUGGGAGCAUUCGGCGAUGAUACCAGCGCACAACCGACCGGGGCAGCCUUUCAGUCUAGAAACUGAAGCAGCCGAGAUACGCAAGCUAGCAGAUGCGCAGACUCAAGCUGAGGAUAUGGCCAAAAGGAUACUUGCUGAGCUCAAAGCCAAAGAAGAACUACUUGCGAAAUUAAAGGGCGAGAAUCAGGCAGCUGCAGCUGCAGCCAAGUCAUAG